AUUGAUGCUAAUUGAGUUCGAGAAACAGAUUGGGACUCAAACCAAAUUAAGUUAAAUAGAAACAAUCAUGAAACAUUUAAGAAAUCAAGUUGGACACCUCCUCGUUAGUAGGACUUAUUUUUUUCUAAAAAGAAAAGUUAUCUAGGGUUGGAAUGAAUCCAUAAAGGCACUGCAGUUGUGAAUAGAAUAAUAAUAACUUGGGUUCCUUGAUUGCUCCUUGCCUCUUUUUGCCUAGGCGAACAAUUAAAUGCCCACAUUAUUCAGAUUUGCAAUUGCAGUUGAGUUGGGGCCACCCUCCUUCUUCCAAAUCCAGAAAGUCAAGUCAACCCAACCGGACCCAAUGUCCUAUAUAUAUUCAUGGACAUCCUCCUCUGCUCUCUAACCUUUCCCCACUCAUCACUUAUAAUCCUUUCUUCCCACAAUCAUGGUGGUGGCACCUUUCAGUGGCGCUGCAGCCGGCGGAAACUUGAGGAGCUUCGGCCUGCAAGUCCUCACCGGCCGGUGGUUCAUGGUCUUCGCCUCCCUCCUCAUCAUGUCCGUCUCGGGAGCCACCUACAUGUUCGGCCUCUACUCCACCGACAUCAAAUCUUCCCUGGGCUACGACCAGACUACUCUGAAUCUCCUCAGCUUCUUCAAGGACCUCGGUGGCAACGUUGGAGUUCUAUCCGGCCUCAUCAACGAGGUCACGCCGCCCUGGGUAGUGCUUCUCAUCGGCGCCGCCAUGAACUUCUCCGGCUACUUCAUGAUCUGGCUCAUCGUCACCGGCAAACUGGCCAAGCCCAGCGUCUGGCAAAUGUGUCUCUACAUCUGCAUCGGCGCAAAUUCCCAGUCCUUUUCCAACACCGGCGCUUUGGUCACCUGCGUCAAGAACUUCCCCGAGAGCCGAGGAAUCGUUUUGGGCCUCUUGAAAGGCUUUGUCGGACUUAGCGGCGCCAUUCUGACGCAGCUUUAUCAUGCUUUCUAUGGCGACAAUUCCAAGUCUCUAAUCUUGCUCAUCGCCUGGCUGCCCACCGCCAUUUCCUUCAUUUUCCUUCGGACCAUUCGGAUCAUGAAGACUGUUCGCCAAACGAAUGAAGUCACGGUUUUCUACAAUCUUCUGUAUAUCUCUCUCGGCCUCGCCGGGUUCCUCAUGCUCAUAAUUAUCGUUCAGAAUAGGGCCAGCUUUUCCAGGACCGAAUACGGCGCCAGCACCGGAGUUGUGCUGGUUCUUCUCUUCGCGCCGCUUCUUGUAGUCGUGCAAGAAGAGCUCAAGUCAUGGAAGGUCAAGAAACAAGUGUUGAAUGGCUCGAGUUCUCAGGUACAAGUAGUCACUGAGAACCCACCAACACCGGCGGUGGAACUGGAACUACCGACUUUGCCUGCCAGGGACCUAAAAAGCCCGAAAAAGACUGAUUCUUGCUGGAGCAAUGCAUUCCGUCCGCCGGACCGAGGAGAGGACUACACCAUCCUACAAGCAGUCUUCAGCAUCGACAUGAUAAUUCUCUUCGUCGCCACGGCAUGCGGGGUCGGAGGCACGCUGACGGCGAUAGACAACCUCGGCCAGAUCGGCCGGGCCCUGGGCUACCCCGCCUCCGCCACCACCACCUUCAUCUCCCUCGUGAGCAUAUGGAACUAUCUCGGCCGGGUCGCCUCUGGCUUUGCCUCGGAAAUCUUCCUCUCCAAGUACAAAUUCCCUCGCCCCCUGAUGUUCUCUCUCGUGUUCCUCCUCUCUUGCUUCGGCCACCUCCUCAUCGCCUUCGGUGUGCCCAAUUCGCUCUACAUUUCCUCCAUAGUCAUUGGCUUCUCCUUCGGAGCUCAAUGGCCGCUGCUCUUCGCCAUCAUAUCUGAGGUUUUCGGCCUCAAAUACUACUCCACUCUGUUAAAUUUUGGCGCCGUGGCAAGCCCGGUUGGAAUGUACAUUCUCAACGUGAAGAUCGCGGGACGGCUUUACGACCAGGAAGCUCUGAAGCAAAUGGAGGCCAAGGGGCUGAAAAGGCACGCCGGAGAGGACUUGACGUGCAUUGGCGUAGAAUGUUACAAGAAGGCUUUCAUUGUCAUCACUGCUGCCACGCUGUUUGGGUGCGUUGUCUCGCUGGUUUUGGUGCUUAGAACGAGGAAGUUCUACAGAGGUGAUAUAUACAGGAAGUUCAAAGAGCAGGCCGAGGCGACGGCGGGGGCAAAUGGGGUAGUGCAGCUAAGGGAGGUGGCUUCCGGCACCGCCGUGGCUGGCUCUGCAAGUACAAACCCUGACGGCGCCACUGCCGGAAUCCCGUCUACCGCCGCCAAGCCCCACGAAAGAAAAUGACGUCGACGAAAAGUUGAUUAGUAACUUACUUUUUGGUCUUUUGCUAAAGGAUUUGUGAAUUAUUAGAAUCCUAUGUAACACGACCACUUACUGCAUAUUUCCAUCCCAAUAAUUACAGAAAGAACAGGUUUACAUCUUAUUUUCAUCGAAGCCAUUAAUGUCGGCAUGCGCAUGAUUUGAACUGGGCUGGCUACUGGUUGCUGUGAACCCCAUCCACUGCUACGGAGCCCUCAUUGUAAAGGUGGUCAGGCAAUAUAUAAGUCUUGGUGU